UAAGCUCAGUAAUGACAGAUAGAAGUUUGUCAACUCAUUCUGCUUCAACUUUGGGAAGUGUUGGUGCUAGCUCUGCCACAUUUGUAACCUCAACCACUCCUGUCACUACAAAAGUGCUAUCUACCAUUACAAGCGAUGAUUCUUCCUUAAGUGUUACAUCAGCAGUUGAUUCAGGUACAGCACAGUUGACCUCAGCUGUGACAGAUAGUACCCUGUCCAUUGAUUUUGCAAGUGUAUCUGCAAGUGACAUGACAAGCAGUGCAGCUACAUAUGUCACUACAGAAACCUUAGUGACUGCAGCAUCUACUGAGUCAUCUUCACUACUGGCAAGUGCUACCAGUCUAUCCAUCGAGUCUUUGACAUCUGUAACAGCCGUCCCAGUUGCUUCAGUCAGCAUAUUUCCAAGUAUAACCUUAGGCUCUGAAACGUCAAGUGGCAUUGGGGAAACAUAUUCCUCAGCCUUUGUACCUUCCACAACAGCAUCUGUAGUCUGCUCAGAACUGCCUGGAGCUGUUGCUGGGGCAACAGUAGUUAGUGGUAGUUCACAGAAGACAACCUAUACUGUUGGUGAAAAUGCCAACCUUGCUUGCAAUUGCUCUGAUGCGUUUGUUCAAGUUGGAUGUGUCGGGAACUCACUUCUGUGUAACAGUAGUGGAAUGUUUGAAGGAGAUCUCCUUACAUGUUCAUCUUGUGACUGCCUGAAUUAUUAUGACAACUCAGAAAGUGGUUUAACAGAACGCAGCAGAUCAGAGGCACAAGCAUUCUGUUUGCAAGACCACGAUGAUGAGUUUACUGGCAAUAAUGAUGGUAAUGAUUUUGGAAUUCUGGCCAAAUGGCAGUGUGAUAACUGUUGGAAUGCCAUUGAAGAUCGUUUGGCCGAGGAAGCUUUUGCUGAAAAUCUUCUGUUCUGGACAAGUGGAGUUAUAAGCAAUAUUACAACUGAUGGAUUUGAAAUCACCUGGGAAGACUGCAAUUCCACAAUUUUCAUAACCAGUGGAACAUUUAACAGCACAUAUGGAGGAGAGACCAGUGGAGCAAUACCAGAGUUAGGCCAUUGUGUGUUCAUCCUACAUAAAGGGAGUAGAGAGCCCAAAUCAGCUAACUCGACAAGUUAUCGCAAUGAGCUGUAUUUCAGGAAUUGUGACAACAGUUAUGCCUAUCCAUUGUGUAUAGGUGGCCAUUAUUGUACUGUAGAGCAUGAAAUUGAAGAUGCAAGGCGGUACUCCUCUACAUCAUUUGGAGAUGAAACAGGCGAUACAUGUUUUGCUGAGGUUGAUGAUGGUAGCUCUGAGCAAAUCCAGUUACCUCAUGGUUUCUAUAUUGGCCAAAGGAAAUUUUCAUCUGUCUAUGUCAAUGUCAAUGGAUUGCUGAGCUUCCAGAACCCCUUCACCAGUUUUACUCCAACUGCUCUUCCCCUGAGAGGGACAGCAGCUCAGUUUGGACUGAUAGCUGCUCACUGGAUAGACCUGGAUUCACGAGACUCUAGCGUUAGUGGAGCUAAGAUCUGCUCCCACACAUGUGACUAUGAAAAAGAUUAUAGCUAUCUGAAUGUGUCUGGGCCACCUGGGAGAAGGCAAAGACCAAAUCAUUGUAGAGUACUUAAUCAAACUAUGUAUCAUGUGAGAAGAUAUGGAGGGCUGCCUGCUUUCAAUCCUCUGUGGGCAAUGGCUGUAACAUGGUUCCGCUUGCCACCUUAUAGUCCAAACAAAGCUUACAUCGGGAAAGAGGAAACCACAUUCCAAGCAGUUCUGACCACAGAUGGUGUUCAAUCCUUUGUGAUCUACCAAUAUCCUAGAGAAUACUUGGCUCUGAAUGAGACAUCAGACUAUCGCAGGGGAGAGAUUGGAUACACUGCUGGAGAUGAUCAGUGGUAUUACAAUGCCUUCCCAUCUGGCACCAUUGAUCAGGGAAGCUUUACUGUGGACAAAAUCAAAGGAAAUACAGGGAGGAAUGGACUAUGGGUGCUGCAGGUCAAUGCUCCCCUGAAUUCCUUGCCAAAUUAUGAGCAACUCUGCCUGGAUUGGGUGGUGCAACAGCAGAUACAGGGGGCCCAGAAUACCUACCAAAAAGUGGAUCCAUUCCUGCCACACUGUCCCUGCACCUGGACUCAGGCUGUUUUUGACAGGAGAUUUAGGCUGUUGGGAAUAGAUCUCUCCAAUAAUGUGUUUAGAUUUAACUUGAGAUUCCCCAGGGCUUUGGAAUCUUAUAUAUUUGGAAGGGAAUGUGUCUAUGAAAUAGAUACUGGAGCAUUACUGACCAGGGCAGAGUAUCACACUGGCAGUUUCCAGUUUUACCAUGAAGCCUUUUCUGCUGUGGUUGAGGCUCUCCAUCUGAAGACGGAGGCUAUACAGAAAGAGUAUUGCUGCCAGAAGUCACAGAACUGUGAGCAGUAUUUCAUCUACAGACCAGCUGACACAUGUGCUGGGUACCUCCAACCUACACUAGGCACCCUCUUUGGUGACCCACAUCUGAUCACCCUGGACAGUCUGCCAUACACAUUCAAUGGUAGGGGAGAAUACACCCUUAUACGCACAACAAACGACAGCUUUACUCUGCAAGCCCGCACAGAACCUGCUCUUGCGGCAGAUGGCAGUUUCCUAAAUGCAACAGUAUUUACAGCAUUUGCUGCUAAGGAUGGAAAUUCUGAGAGCAGGCUACAUGUACAACUGUCAGAAAACAGACAAGAAUUGGACAUAUAUAGAAAUGAUGCACAAAUAACCAGUAUAUUAUUGAAUUCUGCAAACCAGAAUUACUUCAGCUAUGACGACCUAGACAUAGAAUAUAACAUGACCACUAAGGCAUUGCUUGCCACUUUUGCAUCAGGAUUUUCUUUGAACAUCACAGUAGGCAAGGCACUGCUGAAACUUAUUGUUGAAGUUCCAGCAGAAUUUGAAAACAAAACACGAGGUCUGCUUGGAGUGUUUAAUGGUGACCAAAGUGAUGACUUCACAUUACCAAAUGGAACAGUCUUGAAUCUGAAUAACUCUGAUGAGGAAGCCAUAUUUUACCAGUUUGGGCAAAACUGGCAAAUUCCACUUAACACAAAUGAAUCACUUCUCCACUAUGCCCCUGGGCUUGGGCCUGCAAAUUUUUCAUACCCAGACUUUAUUCCCAUAUUUGGGACCACCUCUAUAGCUGUCUUUGACAACCAGACGCUGAAGUUGGUGGAAGAUAUAUGUGGUGACAGCAAAGAGUGCCAGUACGAUUACCUUGUGACCAAGGAUGAAGAGCUGGCAAACGAUACAUCUUUAGAUUCUGCUGAGAGUUCAAAGUUGACUAUUGCCAUCAAAAAUAAUAUCCCAGAAAUAGUAGGCCAAAAAGAGCUUAACAUCACUUUGGGUGUCAACACCACAUUUAGCCUCAAUGUCACUGACCUUGACGGUGACACUGUCCAGUUGACAGAAAUGCCAGGGGGACAGUCGUACACUGUGACAUCUGGACAGGGCCCAGUGAUCAUCACAUUGGUACCCGACAACACAACUGAUUAUGCCAAUUAUCACUUUAAUGCGAGUGAUGGCAAAGGAGGCGUGUCAGCACUGUGGAAGUCAGUCAACCUGUGCUAUGGCUGCUCUGGAAGAGGCAGCUGCAACUUCCAAGACCCAUUAGUAGCCAUAAACAACUUCAAAAGAGCAUCUUGCACGUGUAACCAAGGUUACUCAGGAGACAAUUGUGAAACCAUCACAGACUGGUGUGGUCUACUGACCCCAUGUCCAACAGCAUCACUGGGCUGCACCAACCUGGCUCCUGCCCUGCAAACAACAAGAAACAGGUACCAGUGUGCCAGCUGUGUGGAUGGAUAUCAGCUGGAUGGGGACAAAUGCUCAGAUAUUGAUGAAUGCCUGAACAGCACCACCAACAACUGCAGCUUGCCACUGUCUCGUUGUAUUAAUACCCUGGGAAGCUACAGGUGUGAGUGUGUGGCAGGUGGAUAUAGGCAGGCUAGUCCUGGCAGUCCACAGCCAUGUGAAGACAUUGAUGAGUGUGCAGAGGGUGUGGCACUGUGCAAUCAGCUGUGUGUGAACACUGAGGGAAGUUAUGAAUGUAACUGCAGAGAAGGAUAUCAGUUGAAGAAUGGCACUAACAACACAUGUAAAGCACUUCCAACGACCCAAGAUGUUUGUCAGCAAAUCAACUGUAGCUAUGCAUGUGCAGUUGGUGCCAGUGGGCAGCCAUAUUGCUUUUGUCAACCUGGGUACCAACUGAUUGAAGACACCAGAUGUAUAGACAUCAAUGAGUGUGCCAAUGCCAGUCUCAACAAAUGCAGCCAAAAUGGGAGAUGUAAAAACACUGGUGGUGGAUAUCUGUGUGAAUGUGAAGCUGGGUAUAAGUUGGCUAAUGAUGAAAGGACAUGCACAGUAUGCAAAGACCUUACAUAUGGAGUCAACUGCAGUAACUUCUGUGACUGUGGCGCCAGGUCCUCAGGAUGUAAUGCUACUUUGGGCUGCUACCCGUGUUACCCAGGCUGGACAGGAGUGAACUGUGCUACAGACAUAGAUGAGUGUGGCUCUGACCCUAAUAUAUGUGGUGCUGGGGGUACCUGUAGUAAUACACAGGGAUCCUAUGUAUGUCAGUGUAAUAGUGGCUACACCAAGAGUGACGAUGGGACAAGCUGUAUUGACAAAGAUGAAUGUCAUCUUGGUGAGAGUCAGUGUAAUCAGCUGUGUAUCAAUACCAAUGGAAGCUACACCUGUGGUUGUGAGGAAGGAUAUGCUUUGGAAAGCCAGAAUCAGUUCAAUUGUUCAGAUAUUGAUGAGUGUGUUCUGGGCACCCACAAGUGUGAGCAGAUAUGUAACAACAUCAAUGGUGGCUAUGGUUGUGCCUGCUUCUCUGGAUUCACUCUAAGCCUCAUAGAUGGGAGAUCUUGUAACAAAGACAAUUCAACAUUAUCCUGUGGUGGUCUACAGUGUAGUGAAGGAUGCAUUCUUCUUGACGGAAAUUAUACUUGCAUCUGUCCACUUGGCUAUGAACUAGCAAAUGACUCAAUAAGUUGCCAAGAUAUUGAUGAAUGUCAAAGCAGUACCUUGAACAGGUGUGACACACGAGCAGAGUGUGUCAACAAUGAUGGCUCGUACUCUUGUGACUGCAGCAAGGCCGGAGGAUAUGUACUAGAUCCAUAUGAUCUGAGAACAUGUCGAGAUGUAAAUGAAUGCUUGGAUGGGAGCAAUAACUGUGAUAAGAAUGCAGUAUGCACCAAUGACAUAGGAAAUUACACCUGCUCUUGUAAUAUUGGCUUCACUGGGAAUGGGACGACAUGUUCUGACAUUGAUGAAUGCUCAACAUCUGUUCCUUGUCAUUCCAAUGCAACCUGUUCCAAUAAUGAAGGUUCUUACACAUGUGCGUGCAACCCAGGAUUUGAUGGGGAUGGAGUUAACAGUUGUACUGAUGUUGAUGAGUGUUCAACUUCAUUACCCUGUGAUGUCAAUGCUGUUUGCUCAAAUGUUCAAGGAUCCUAUACUUGUACUUGUGAUACAGGAUAUACUGGCGAUGGAAAUACAACAUGUAGUGAUAUAGAUGAGUGUGUUGCUGAUGCUUCUGUUUGUGCUUCUGCUGAAACAUGUUAUAACACGGAGGGAUCGUUUUAUUGUACUUGCAAAUCAGGGUAUCGGCGUGAAGCAGUCAACAGCAUGUGUGUGGAUAUCAAUGAAUGUUCUAGAGAUCCAAGUAUCUGCAGCCAGUUUGCAAAUUGCACAAACACGGAAGGCUCAUACAGAUGUGUUUGCAAUGAACAAUAUGUGGGAGAUGGAAUUACCUGCAAAUUGGCAGUGCUCAUCUCAGUGAGAAUAUCUUUUGAUGUGCCAUAUCUACCAGAAUACAAUGACAUAAGCUCCCAAGAGUACAGAAUUUUGUUGACUGCUGUAAAACUAUUCUUUAGCAGUUUGGCUGGAAAUGAAGAAGUUAUGAUAUCAUCAGUCAGUGAUAAAAUAACCACGACUGUAGACAUAAUCCUCAAGAUGGCUGAAACGGCAAACAAAACAGACAUUGCUGUGCAUAUGACAGAGCAAUUGUUAAACAACAGUUACAUCCUGCAAGCUAAUGGUACGAAUUUCCCUGUGGUGGGAGUGCCAGAAUUCCUAGAUGGAAAUGUGACAGACCCAGUUUAUAAAUGUGAAUAUGAACCAUACCUGUGUAAGAAUGGUGGAGUAUGUAUUCAAAUUGAUAGAGGAUACUGCAAGUGCACAGAAGAUUUUGAGGGUGAUACUUGUGAGACUAUAGGGUCCAAAGACUUAAGCACCCUUCUUGUCAUCAUAAUACCCAUAGCAAGUGUGCUUUUAGUGAUAAUUUGUGUCCUGGGGAUAUUACUAAUAUGCAUAUUCCGACGUAGAAGGCAACGUAGAGAAAUCAGGAGAAGAACCUCCAUGGCCAAUUGGGAGCGGGACAUGGCAAGUUCAUACAGUCGUACCAGUAGUAUCUUCCAUCCAAAGUACAGCGGCCCCUAUUGGCAACAGUUGCUGGGUAAUGGAACAAGUGCUGACUCAGUGCAUCGUCAACCACAGACAAACAAACCACACUUAUUGUUGUGGAGAGCUGUAAUACCAACUGAAACCUCCACCGAGUGGUCGACAUCACUGGCAUCCACGUCUGCUGAUCAAGGGAUACAAGAAUCUGCAGAUUCAUUUUUGUGGGAAGACAUGCUGACUGGACCUUUAGACCCAAAGAAAGACUUUAAAAUAAAGCGCCCUGUAUUUGAGAAGCAGCCAAAAGGGGCAUACAAGUUACACUUGAAACCAGAAUCAAAAGCUUAGUGUCAGCAACACAGUAACAUGAUGCGUUAACAGAGAGAAGCAGUUGAGUAAAACAGAUGUUAACUCAAAUGAAUGAAAACACCUAGAAAAUGAAUUAUUAUUAAUGGAUUCAAAGUCAAAGCUACAUGCAGCUUUGUGAAGAUGUUAUUUAUGAAAUAGCAGGAAAAACAUUGCUGCAAAUGUCUGGAUUGUAUAAUAGUUAUUGUCUAAGUGAAAAAAUGAAAAUAUUCCCAAUCCUUCAUUUUUAUAGAAGGUAGUGAUGAAUUUUGUAUAGUUUUACAAAAUAUUUAAACCCUGAUCUUUGCCAAAGUGAGUUGUAAACUCUGCUGCCCAAUCCCAUACAGAAAGUGACUUACUAUCAGUAAGGUUAAAUAAGGUGUAAUGUGAUUUUAGAUGACAUUUAGAUUCCUAGUUAUUGAAGGAUAUGCAUUGUUUGUAAAUAAACUUUUGUUACCAUAUCUUUUUUAGAAUUGCAAAUUUAAAGGCAAAACAUAUAUUUUUAUAUACUUAUUUUGAUGAGCAAUGAAUCACACCAGAACACAAUUUUUGUUAAGUUUUUAUUAACAGUUGUAAAUAUGAAUUGCUUUGAACCAAGCAUUUUGACAAUUAUUAAUUACAUUGCAAUUUUAUAUUUGUAUGUAAAUGUAAAUGAUUAUUUAAUUGUGCUAUUGUUAUUGAUUUUCAAAGUGUUUGUGAUUAACUGUCUAUCCUCUGCUCAUAAAAAUAUACCGCAUUCAAUUAUGAUAAUUCAUAUAUUCAUCUUUAAAUUGAUUUGCAUUCACUCUCAUAUAAGUUCUGCAUUACUCAGUUAUUCACAGUUCAUGUAAUGGAAAUCAUUAUAUUGAUAUGGAUAAACUUGCAUCAUAUUUUAAACUUACACUUAAAAUCCUUUAAAGUCAAACUUACAAAUUAUAUGAUUUAUCUGUUUCAGCAACAAUAUGUGAUAAUUGUACAAUGAGAACACAUUCCAUUAUUUGGGGCACAUUUUGUGAUAAUGUGGUGCCUAAAACAUUCCUUUUUAAUAUUAUUGCAUGUACAUUUGCACUUCAUGAAUAAUUAGUAGCAAAUCUUUGUAUUUGAUGGUAUAAUUAUAUUGAUAACAAGCUAAACAAAUAAGUUUGACCAGUGAUGUUUUACUUAUAUGUUAAAGUAAUCUUAGAUUGCAAAAAGAACAAAUUCAAAGUUUAGCUGAAAGAAAAUAAAUAUUUUUAUAG